UCCGAUCCUCCAGAACCUUCCCCUGAAUUUCACCUAUAAAAUCAAUUUCGCCUCUCUUAAGUGUCCAAUUUUCGUUUAAACUGGUAUUUUUCGCUUCGAGGUUUGCGGAGCUAGGGAAAUCUUUCUGAAUUCUUCUUCAAUUGUUUCUUCAUUGCUUUGCAGUGCUAUAAACAUUUUCUAUUUUUCAUAUUUUCGUUCAGAGGGCAGAAUGUCGUACUCCAGAAGGUCAAGGUAUUCUCGCUCGCCAUCUCCGAUCAAGCGAUACGGUCGGUCCAUCUCGAGGUCUCUGUCCCGAUCAAGGUCGAGAAGUCGAUCAAGGAGUCCAAUGAGUGAUGUUGAGAAUCCGGGUAACAAUUUGUACGUUACCGGGUUGUCACCUAGGAUCACGAAGAUAGAUCUCGAGAAGCAUUUUGCAUCUGAAGGGACGGUGGUGGAUGUUCAUCUUGUGGUUGAUCCAUGGACAAGAGAAUCCCGUGGCUUUGGAUUUGUCACAAUGUCAAAACUUGAAGAGGCUGAGCGCUGUAUUAAGUACUUGGACCGUUCUGUACUUGAAGGCCGUGUAAUUACGGUUGAGAAGGCUAGGAGAAGAAGGGGGCGUACUCCAACUCCUGGGCGGUAUCUUGGCUUAAGAACAAUACGUGGAAGGAGACGAACUCCAAGCUACUCUCCUCGUCGAUCUCCUAGCUAUUCUCCUUACAGACGGAGUCUGAGUCGCUCUCCAGGAGCAUCACCUGACAGAAGCAGAAGCAGAUCUUACUCUUCUGAUUGCAGACGUAGAAGAUCACACAGGCGCAGGUCAUACUCACCGUAUGAUAGGCGAUACAGAUACAGAUCCUAUUCUCGAUCACGGUCUCCUUAUAGCAGGUCACCACGCCGCCAUGACCGGUCUUACUCUCCUUAUUAUUCAAGGGACUACUCUCCAGAUGGUCAUUAUUACGGAAGCAGGUAUCAUCGGAGGGACUACUCGCCAGAUGGCCGUUAUUAUGUUGGGAGGUAUCGCUCCAGGGACUACUCACCAGAUUACCAUUACUACGAACGGAGGCACCGUUACCGUUCUCGUUCUGUAUCAUCCAGUGUGUCACCAAGGGUGAGGAGGAGAAGCUCGAGAAGGAGCUACUCACGAAGUCCCUCACCUAGACAGAUUUCUAGGAGGAGCUACUCACGAAGUCCCUCACCUACACAGAUUUCUAGGAGGAGCUACUCCCGAAGCGUUUCAUCAGAUCGGCGGAGUAGCUCCCGAAGUAUUUCCCCAAGCCAGAGUAGCUUUAAAACUGGGAAAAAACCUAGCUACUCUAGAAGCAGGAGUCAAAGACGGAGUGCAAGUGCAACUUCCAGAUCGUUUUCGAGGUCUAACACUCCUAGAACUACUCCAUCAUCUUGAGGAUUGGAGCAGGCCAUGUGAUCCAAUUGAAAGUUAGACUUUUUAUCUUAGAAGCUUAUGUUUGCCGUUGCUCUUUUCUGUGUAGUAGUGACAUUAUUAUGAGCAGCUUAGUGUGGUCGUGUGGAGUUUGGAGUUUGGAUGAUCUGAUAUUAGUUACAAUGUUGGUACAUAUUGAGACUUUAAUUUCCUAUCAGUGAGUGUAAAUUGUGAUUUUUAUGCUA